GCGAGCUGGUCAUACCGAACAAUAGGAUAACCUUUUGGGCUGAAAACGGCAGGGCUGCUUGACUGAAGGAUGUUAUGAACAUGGUUGCCAAAUUCUGGCGCAUUCUAAAAAUUUGGCGACUUCUACUUGCUUUAAUACGAUACAUAGAUGUCGGAUAUGGCUAAAACUAAUUGUAAAAAAAACUAUGAAGACAGUGCUACUUUGAAUUUACCAGAACUACAGAAAACCGUUUCUGAUAGCAAUAAAGAAGAUAACUGUCCAUCUACGUCGGAAGUGAACUCUAAAUUUAUUAAUGACCCAUAUUUCUCCGUGAAUUUUUGCAACAUUUGGAAAGUCCGCAUCUGUAAAUUACUUGUACCAUUGAAACUGGCACUCUUCGUUUGGUUUGGAGCCGGAGCUACUAUAACAACAUUCAUUGCACUUUUUUCCAAGCAACGGGGACUCACUGUUUCGAAUAUCUCAGUAAUAUACGUCAUUAGUCCUUUUGUACAGUUUUUGACUACAUUGAUAUAUGGCAUAAUUUCGGACAAAAUAGGUCGCUCGAAACCACUUCUUCUUAUGUGCCUUGUAGGUUGUAUUGCAGUGACGAUUUUGUUUUUGAUAGCACCACGUAUAAAUACUGAAAAGUGCAGUUUCCUUUCUGCAAACCUGGAAUGCAACAGCAGUGGAUUUAAUAAAUUCAUAGUAACAGCCAACUGCAGUUCAUCAGAAAAUUUCAUUCAACAAUAUUCUUGCAAAUGCCGGUCCGAUACAAACAGUGAAUGUUUGGACAAAGCUGCUUGCGAUAAUUUGAUCAUCGAAGAUUUUAGUAAUUUAUCCAUAUAUCAGAAUUUAGAUGAAUCUAAUGAAAACGCCAAUUUUUGCAACUUCAAUGAAACUAUAAACUUAAUGCAAACUUCAUGUGCUCCAGGAAGUGGCAGAAGCUCUUGCGAAAUAUUGUGCAUCCUAAAAGAUAGUGAAUUUUGCACUUAUCCAAACCAUGAUGAAACUUUAGCUCUUGUAGUACAGUUUAUCUUAUUCUUUUUGUUCUUCGUUUCGCAUUCAAGUAUCUACCGCUUUUUCGAUAUAACUAGCAUGUUUUUAGUUAGUGUUCACGCUGAAAAUUAUGGGCAGCAGAGAUUUUGGGCCAUACUUGGCUCUUUGUUGCUUCCUUCACUUUCCGGUUAUAUUGUAGAUGCGACAUCUGCAGUAGAGGGUGAAAAUAAUUAUACCUCGGCGCUGUACGUUUUCAUUGUCGGAACGCUCUUAACUAUUAUCACUGUCUGGAAACUGGAUGUCCAUAUACAGCCACCGGGUAAACUUAUGUGGAGAAAAACGACCAUCCUUUUAAAAAAUUAUGAUAACUUAGCAUUCGUCUUUGCUGUAUUUAUCUUGGGAACUUCCUGGGGCUUCAAUCAAAUAUUCACUUUCUUGUACAUGGGAGACUUGGGAUCUCCUGGUCUUCUUAUUGGUCUUCUUAAAUCCAUGAACAGUUUAUAUGGAUUACCAUUUCUAAUGACUGCCCAGUGGUGGAUCAAAAAAAUCGGUACAAGAAAUAUUAUUGUGUUGGCAUUCCUAGCUUAUGCAGUGCAAAACAUUGGACUUUCCUUCCUCAUCAAUCCAUGGUUUUCGUUGCUGUUGGAAACUAUGAGCAUAUUAACGUAUCAUUUGUCAUGGGUAGCAGUGAUGCAGCAUUGUUAUGAUAUUUCUCCGGAGGGACUGAGAGUGACAGUUAAUGCUUUUAUUGGUGGACUUCAUUUUAAUUUUGGUCGAAGUUCCGGAAGUUUAAUAGGAGGCACAAUUAUGAGUAACCUUGGUGGUCGUGUUGCCCAUAGAGUAAUGGGUGGUAUUUGCUUGGUUUCUGCUGGAAUGUAUAGUUUAUUUCUCUUCUUUAAUCGUAGAUACAUUAAAUGUGAUAGCUGAAGUGCUGCUUUUAUUUUCAUCUCUGAUGAAUAUCAUGUACAUCAUUGCAAUACAACUAAACUGAAUACCUCUAUGAACUCCAAUUUUACAGACAAAAUGCUGAAAAUAUUGUACAAAUCGACAGCAAAACUAACUCAUCACUUGCGAUUAAAGUGUAUAUAUUUAUAACAUAA